CAACAGUGGAGGGCACAACAGCCCAGGGGAAAAGGAGGGGCAGUUCAGUUUUUUUUUACAGUUGGCGGCGGGACGGCAGCCUGACGGACAGACAACCUAAGCCCAAGUGAAAACAAAUCACCAGACCUUGACCGCAACCCACUUCCACCAUCUACUUUCCAUACAUCCAUCAACACCACAGCAUAAACUUUCAACACCGCCCCUUACUUUCCCGGAAGCAUCUUUCUAAUUACAUUUCGCUUAUCUGAACUUUGAGUUUACAUUCUCAACCGAACACGCAAACUAUCAAGAUGUCUGCUUCCGAGCCCACCGAGCCCAAGGUCGAGGAGACCAAGCCCGAGGAGACCAAGCCCGAGGAGACCAAGCCCGCUGAGGCUGAGAAGCCUGUCACAUCCUCGUCCGUCUUCUCCAUGUUCGGCGGUGGUGCUAAGAAGGAGAAGAAGGAGGAGGAGGAGCGUGGUGACAACUCUGGCAGUGCCAAGGCCCAGCGAGAGGCUGCUGAGGCUGCUAAGGGUGACGAAGAGGAGGCUCCCGAGUCCGAGGAUGUUCACUUCGAGCCCGUCAUCAAGCUGACCGAGAAGGUUGACACCAAGACCAACGAGGAGGCCGAGGAGCAGACCUUCAAGAUGCGCGCUAAGCUUUUCAAGUUCGUCAAGGAGAGCAGCGAGUGGAAGGAGCGUGGUACGGGCGACGUUCGUCUGCUCAAGCACAAGGAGAACGGCAAGACCCGACUGGUUAUGCGUCGCGACAAGACCCUCAAGGUCUGCGCCAACCACUACAUCGUCCCCGAGAUGAAGCUCUCCCCCAAUGUUGGCUCCGACCGAAGCUGGGUGUGGAACGCUGCUGCCGAUGUCAGCGAGGGUGAGCCCGAGGCUGUUACUCUGGCCAUCCGAUUUGCCAACGCUGAGAACGCCAACAACUUCAAGGACUCCUUCAUGAAGGCCCAGAAGGAGAAUGAGGAGAUCUUCAACAAGGCUCAGGAGGCCGAGGCUCCCGCUUCCUAAGCAGCCUAUCUCCCACGACCCCUCCCCUUUCCCCUGCCCCUUCGGAGAUGGAUCUGUAUGUCGCCAGGGGCUCCCACUCGUUCGUAGCUCCGCGAUUUACAGAAGCAAGUCCACUCCAACACUCCCAUACAGCAUGCCACAACAGCAAGCAAGCUCCCCAUACUACUGAGGACGCUUGACCCGUCACAUACACGCGCGCGCUUCACCCACGCCACAACACCAAAUCCUGAGUCUGUUUUUGAUAUGGAUAGAUAGAGAUUCCUAGGACGGAAAGGACUUUUUUUAUUUUUGAGGUGAACGGCCUCGGUUCAGCCCCAGGGCGGAUUGGUGGAUGGAUGGACGGAUGGAUAGUUAGCAUCAUAGGAACAUCAUAUCACAUAGCACCCUGUUGAAAGAAGUAAAAGAAAAAAAUUCCAUAGACACCUUGUUUAUUACUAUAUAAACUGAUUGUUAGUGACUCGAA